UUGGGAUGCCUUCUGCAAACUUUUACUGUCUUUCGUGCACUGAUAUUCAGCAGUGAUGACAUAGAUUUUUUUUUAGCUGGGGCAUGCAGAAUUAUUCUCCUUCUGUCUCGAGCUUUCGCAUUGUUUGAUCGAUUUUGUUAGAUGCUGCCAGAAAGUUUGGAGUUAGUCGAUAGAACGGAGGUGUUUUUAAGAUUCUUUCUCUCUUUAGUCAUGCAGGUUUUUCACGGGGAACACGUUUACCCUAUUGUCAACUGAUGGAUUCAGUGAAGGUGUAACAUGUUGUAGCUGCUAUCGACAUAACUCUGAUUAUAAAAGUGUUUUGAAAGUCGAUGAUUCUGCAAAUUUUUCAUUAGAGGAUUUCACCACUGUUGGAUGUUUGACGUCACAGCCUUAAAUGAUAUGCUAUAAUUACUGUGACAUUGGAAUAUUAAGAUUUUCUACUUUCUUUUCAUCUUUGGGACCACUUUACAGAAGUAUGACAUAAGAAAAUGAGUGGUUGUUUUGUGUUUGUAAAUCGCCAACUGUUUGGCGGAUCUAACUAUAAUUGUCGGCGGCAUGAACAAGAAGCUUGGGCAGAACAGUGGGAUUUCACAGAUGAAGAUAUACCUGAUGAAGAGACCUCGAGAUGGAAAUUUUGGCAAAAACUUCACUUACGUCGAGGCGAUCAAAAGCAAAAAGAACUUGAAAAGCUGAGAUCAGACCUAGAAAAUGGCAACCUUCCGAUAGUUGAUGCAACGCAAAUUGAAGAGGAGACCGGAAGAGCUCAUCGAAGCCACAGUUUGAGACCGCCCCCUAAACCACCCAGAAUGUUCCUGUUCCGGUCUUCAUCGAUCAGUACUCCACGGAAUUCUGCUGUAAUAAAUCCGGGAUCAGAACGAAAUUCAUUCAUAAUGUCUCAAGCUUACCAAAAUUCUCGAACCCGUGACAAUGCUAAUAUUCCGACAGCACACGUUGCACCAGUGCGUCAGGAGAUCCCCGUGCAAACGAAUGAAAAUAAUAAUGAUAUUUUGGAGAAAAAGGAGGAGAUAAUAAAAAAUGUAGACGAAGUGAAGCCGAUUAUUUCACGACCCGCCAGGAGCGAGCAGACAUUUACUCCUAAUCGUAUUAAAAUCGUGACCCCCGACCUUACUCCGCGCAGAAAUUUCAGUCGACAGAGACGUGCUUCGGAAAUAGUCCCGCAAGAGGAAAGACACAGACUGAUAAUACAAAGUUCUUUAGAACUUUUGUGUCAGAAACUUGAUCCGCUUACCAUUUUGAAUGAACUCAAAGAAAAAAAUAUCAUUUCUGAUGAAGAUAUUUUGGCAUUCCAAGAACAUCCCGAUCGUCGACUUGUCUGCGAAAGCAUUCUUCACAACUUACUAGAGGGACCAUAUUCAAAGUUUUUCAUUUUCUGUGAUAUUCUUAGAGACACCAAUGAUUACAAAUGUCUUGCUUUGAUCAUGGAUGUUAUGAAGGAUACAUAUGAUGUGGUUUACAAUAUUCCUGCCAUCGCUAGCGAAGAAAUCCCAGUGAUGGAGGAAGAGAAAACUGUCACAUUUGAAAUCGGGUAUUACAACGCUGAAACAGGCGUUCUGAAGCCUGUUGUAGAACUAGAGAAAACGAGAGACACAAGUAAGAGAUUUUCCAGGGAUUCUCUUUUCUUCAAGAGAGCAUCACGUCUCUCGUACAUGUCUGUUUCAAGCGAGGGACGAGGAAGUGACGAUUCCGUCUUGAUAAAUCAUGGAACCCCAGUCAUCAACAUUUGCAUUUCCGGACAUUCCUUGCACGAAGGUCGAGCCCGAGCUCUGGCAAAGGUUGUGAGUAAGUACAACUGUAUUCUCGAGCUAAGGAUUGGCAAAACCCAACUGACAGGACGAGACAUUGGUUACAUGUCCCAAGCAAUCCAGUCAAGUACAAGUCUUACUGUCUUAGACCUGAGAUUAAACUCGAUCGGAAACGAAGGAGCACGACUUUUAGCUGUACCACUGGCGAAGAACACAUAUUUACGGCAACUUAAUAUAUCCUCCACAGGAAUUGACCAUGAGGGGUGUAAGAACCUGUCUGACGCUCUGAAACAGAAUAACACCGUUACAGACUUAGACAUGAGUUUUCUGGAGAUCGGAGACAGUGGCUGUAUUUGUUUGGGCAAUAUGCUAAAGCAAAAUAAAAGUAUCAGUAAACUGCGCUUGCGCAGCUCCGGGAUAUCGUGGAUUGGGUGUGGUAUUUUGUUUGAAGGUGUUCAGCAAAGUAAGACUCUAACUGUUUUGGACCUUAGUAGGAACUUUAUAGGUGAUAACGGAAUGGAAAUGAUGUGCCGCCAUCUGAAUGAGAAGUGUGCGCUUGUGGACCUUAAUUUGGAGAACUGUGGAAUUACGUCAUCUGGAUGUGCAAUGUUGGCUGACGUCAUCAUGUCAAACAAAACGCUUACAAACUUAGAUAUCAGUGUUAACUUCAUUGCUGACGCAGGCGUAGCGAAGUUAUCUGCUGCUUUAGAACGCAAUAAGAGCAUUAAAACACUGGGCUUAAACAUGUGUGGAAUAACGAACGAUGGAUUCUCAAAAAUGCUCGACGUGCUGGAAUGUAACCCUACUCUGACUUUACUUAAACUUUGCUAUAACCGUUUGGGAAAAGAACACACAAAUCCUUCCGCAACGUCCGAUGACUUGAAAUACAGAGUGCGGAUCGUGACGUCAUCAAAUCCUAAACUUAAGAUUCUUCUAUGGGGCAAUUCAUUUGAUGAUUAAGCGCUAUUUUCACCGUUGUUUGCAUUAUCAGAGCCGUUAUUUAUGUCGGUGCAAACUCAUUAAUGGAAUCGUUAAGUAACGAAAUUGUUCAAACAUCAUAAAUGUUAUUCAAAACAAGUAUGUAACUACAGUAUUUAACCUUCAUAUAAUAGAUGCCACACAUAAAAAAAGAAAAACAUUUUGUUUUUUUAAUAUUUGAAAAAUAUCCUUUGCAUUACAUUGUACAGUUUGACCAAGCAUGAAUACUAUUUCAUUUUGUUUAUUGAACUAGCUCAGACCACAAAAAUGCUUUACAUUUGUUGCUAAACUGUUGUUGUUUUGUCGUAAAUAAAGUAAAAAAAAUGCAA